GUAUAAAAUCUCGUCCCAACAAGCGUUGAAAUACAGUUUCGGCUCGAUCAGCAUUCGACUCAGUGUUGCGAAGAGUGCUCAGCAUGAAGCUGGCCAUAGGUUUCAUCGUUUUGUGCGUGGCAUUGUAUGUCGGGGCAACUAACAAAUGCCCAGAAACCACCUACGCUGUCCCUGAAACACCGUCUGGAGAUGCCAUUCCUGGAAGUGUGUUGGCCAGAUUAGACUUCAUCGAUCGUAAGUUGUUGGAACUUCAAGUUGCUCUGAAAGACCAUCGUGCGGAAGUCAGUAGGAACUUUAGUGUGCUCCAGGAUCGUUCCAAAUCGCGCAUCCCGGAUUUUGCCACAGCACCUGCGUCACCACGCCAGCCGGAUACUACUAAAACCAUAUCGAAGACUACGCAACCAACAUCAUGCAAGGAGGUGUCGUCGCACGUUUCGGGAGUCUAUGAGAUCCGCGUUAACAACAGCAAUUCCUUAUUAGAAGUGUAUUGUGAACAGAACAAGUUUGGCGGUGGUUGGAUCGUAGUACAAUAUCGCUUCAAUGGUUCGAUUGAUUUUUAUCGGAAUUGGGAUGAAUACCGCGAUGGGUUUGGAAACGUGGACAGUGAGUUUUGGCUUGGGUUGGAAAAGAUGCAUCAGAUCACCAAAUCGCGCACUUAUGAAUUGAUAGUGGAAUUAAAGGAUUUCAGCGGCAACUACGCGUAUGCACGUUAUAAUGCGUUUGAAAUAGGUAGCCAGAGUGAACAAUACAGACUCAAGAGGCUGGGACGGCAUAGUGGAACUGCAGGUGACUCAAUGACGUUGUACAACAAGGGCGCGGAGUUCUCAACAAAAGAUCGGGAUAUUAAUGACCCGUACAGUGGAGCUGUUUAUUACGAGGGUGCCUGGUGGCAUACUACUUCUGGUUCCUAUUCGAAUUUGAACGGAUUGUACCAAAAUGUUUCCAGUCACAAAUCAAUGUUCUGGUUUCAUUUCAAAAACACAGACGAUGGUUUGAGCUUCUCCAGGAUGAUGAUUCGCGAACAAUGA